AUGAGCAUUAUUCGACACACAUAUCAGCACCUGGUUCCCAAUUGGAUCAGCGGUCUACCAAAAGUAGAGAAAUUGUGGAGCCCCCUAUUGCAGACAUUUGAAAGCGAUCAGGUACUCUACGGCGCGGCCUUUUCUCCCGAUGGAAAGCUAGUGGCAUCUUCUGCGGCUUGCCUCUAUGAUUCAGCCACAGGAACCUUGUUGAAGACUCUAGAUGUAUUCAGCGAAGACAAGGAGGAUAGUAUAAGAGGCACUACGGUUACAUUCUCGCAAGAUGGGAAACGGGUGAUUUCCAUAUCAUUGGGAGGGUGGCUUAGAGUAUGGGAUGUAUCUUCCGGUCUGCUCAUCACUGAAGUAAAGAGUUCUGUACGUGGAGGAACACCACAUUGGAGGCUCUUUUCUCAUGACAAGACUCUUGCUGUGGCUCUUCUGAACAGUAAUACAGUUGAAGUCAUUGAUAUUGCAAACGGGCUACUGUUGAAGACAUUUCAGCCCCAUGGGGGGGUGAGCGUGUCUUCUUUAGCACUCUCCCGAGACGGUCAAACUUUGGCAUCUGCUUCUGAGACUGGCGUGACUCAGCUCUGGAAUGCAGUGGCAAUUACCCCCAAACGUGAGCUCAGACGCCAUUACGGUGAAUUAAUGCUCAAGACCAGACUUGCUUUCUCUCCAGACGGCAAUAUUCUUGCGGCAUGGUCCAAUCGCUAUCCAAUCUCACUUUGGGAUCCUGCAAGUGGAGAGCUCCUAGGUGAGAUUCCCGGGUGGUUCCACGAUGCCUGCUUUUUGCCAGAUAGCAAAGUACUCUUGAUGUCUUGCGACUCCGAGGGCGAUGAUGCUGGUUUCGUCAAACUGUGGGACGUAUCAUCUGGAAAGCUCGUUAAGACAAUUGAGGCUGGCUGUUUGGGGCUGCAACUUUCACCGAAUGGCAGAUUCUUCGCAUCUGUACCUCUGUGUUACGGGGCCCGCGGUUGGGAAAGAGGCGGCAGGGAAAUACGUGUCUGGGAUAUCACCACAGGAAACAUCGACAAGACUUUCUACAACCCCUUUGGUGAUAUAAAUUGGCUAUCAUUCUCGGCGGAUAACACGUUGUUGGUCACGGUGUCGGACUUAGGGUAUACCAUCCAGCUUUGGGACCUUGUCACCCAAUCCAAAUCUCUCGAGGAAUUUCAGCUUGAGUCUUUCCAAAUCGAUGGCUUUAAGCUUUCUCCGGAUCGUAAAAUUGCCGCUUCUAUAACGAGUUCCCGCACCAGCGUCAGUAUAUGGGACAUGGAAACCGGCAUUUUUCUGAAACGCCUUCGCGGUGGACACUGCUCAUUCUCACCAGACAGCAACUGGGUCCUCGUCUCUAAUAAAUUUACAGACGAUAUUUGGAAUCUGGCCACGUGGGAACUGGCACUCAGCGCUCCUAAGGGCUCCGUAACACUCGGGGGUUUCGCAUUCAGCCCUGACGGUGAGCUUUUCGCACACGAGAUCGUUCCUUUACAUGAAGAUCGAGUGGCCAAUAUAGAUACCGAAAAUCUCAAUGAGCAGCCCCUAGUCAAGAUUUGGCAUACAGACACUUGGAAGCCACUCCUUACAUUUGGGGCCCGUUAUAAAUAUCAAUCUACGGUGCUGAGUUUCUCGCCGAAUUCCAAGCUUCUUGCUUGUGCAAUACACGAUAAUCUGGAUCAGUCCCUAGCACGCGAAACCUUGGAAGUUACCUUCAAUAUUUGGAAUGUUAUUACUGGAAAGAGACAGAGGGUGUUUACGAUUCCCGUGUCUGACACUUCCCAUUGGGUUAAAGAUCUUGCAUGGUCACCCGAUGGAAGUACUGUGAUUUCCUUCACGUGGGACCAAAGCGUACGAGUAUGGGACGUGGCGACGGGGCAAUUGAAAAGGACUUUUGAUCGGCAGGACUGGACAUCAUCCAUUACUUUAUCUCCCGAUGGUUUACUUUUAGCCGGAUCAAGAAGUCGCGAUAUCGUCGAUCUCUGGGAAGUGCAGACGGGUAUGUUGAUUGGGACUCGUUACAUCCCUGGCUCUUGGAGGUCACUGCAAUUUUCUGUGGAUAACAAUACCAUGAUGACAGCGAUGGGUCGCAUUGAUGUUGAAAAAUCUUUCCCUAGUCGGGCGCUUGUGAGGAAUGGUGAUUUUCUGGUUGACAGUGACUGGGUGGUCUAUGGAACCGACAGGAUACUGUUGCUUCCAGUAGACUAUUGA